AUGUGUUCCCUCCAGCUAAGAAGGUCUGCUCCCCCAGCAGGUCAUGUGACUUGGGCCACGUGCCAAGGCACCUCCACUUCUGUGACGCAGAAGAUCGAGAUUUUGGAAGUUUCGGAUGCGAGGUCUGAGACUCGUCAACAACAGUCAGCUGCGACAUCUACACAACCCUCGUCUUUCGCUGCCUUCCUCGUCGUUCAGCUUUUACACCCCCUUAAGCCUCACUCAGGACAGAAAGGCAAGAUGGAUGACCCUUCUGCCUCCCUCAAGUCGUUCGACUCGACGUUGUCCGCGCUCGAGACCGCCGUCGCGCCCCUGUUCGACCAGAGCCUGAACUCGCUCCGGGACGGGCUGGGCGGUAUCGACCGUGCCAAGCUCGAUGUGCUGCUUGCGUACACUAUCAACAACCUUGUCUGGAUGUAUCUCAAGACGAGAGGUGCUAACCCGGAUGACCACGACGUGACGAAGGAGCUGGACCGUAUCAAGACGUACUACGCCAAGGUCCGCGACGCCGAGUCCGGAGUUUCGACUCGCCGCUCCAAGAUCGACGCCGACGCCGCGCACCGUUUCGUCAUCGGUAAUCUCCCGCAUCUGCAGAAGUCCAAGUUCAAGACGCAGUCCUCAGACGAGGCUGCUGAGGCGAGCACGUCCGCUGCCGCUGUUGCGCAGCGCCAGGCUGAGGCUGCCAUUGGACGGCCGAGUCGAUUCAAGCACGUCGCGCAGGAGACGGAGCGGAUAGUCCCCGGCGCCGCUGACAGCGACGAGGAGGUGGAAGACGAUGAGGACGAGGACGACGAGGAGGAUGAGGACGAGGAGGAUGAGGACGAGGAGGAUGAGGACGAGGAGGAAGAGGGGGACGAUGAAGAGGACGAGGAGGAAGAGGAAGGAGGAUCCGGAGAAGACGUCGAGAUGGCCGACGCCGAGGCGCUGCUUGCGUCCGUGGACCAGCAGAUCGACUCGGACAAGAGCAAGGGCCGCAAGCGGAAACGAAGGGCUGCGCUCGAGUAA